AUGCCCCCGCGCCGCCGGCCUCCUCGCCCCGGGGCGCUGACGGAGCUCCCGCCCUUGUUAAUCGUGCGCAAGAUCCUGCUGCUGCAAACCAUAUACUAUGUCUGCGCCACCGCGCUUGUCCUGUUCACCAGCCUGGUUGCUGGGACGGCGUUCUCUCUAGACCUGAUUUUCAGUUGGGGCAGUGUGCGCGGUGAUACGACGGUGGGAUGGAUGUUGGGAUUGGUGUGGAUGCUUAACAGCUUCAUAUGUGUCAUAUUCCUCCUCCUCAUCGUCUCGCGCUCAAAACUAAUCCCCGAUUUCGCGCUCACAAUCCACUUCAUACACCUGCUCAUCGUCUACUUCUACACGCGCUCCAUCCCUAGAAACCUACUCUGGUGGUCUCUCCAGCUGGCCAGCGCCGCGCUGAUGACUUUUGCUGGGAUAUGGAUCUGCCAGCGCCGCGAACUGCAGCCGAUUUCGUUCGGUGCACUCCUCGGCGGUGGCGGUAGUUCCGCUGACAGUGGUGGCGGCACUCGGGCCGGCGAGAAUGGGGAAUCGGCGACGCUGCUGAAUGCAGCGGAGGAGGAUUUAGAGAAUGGUUUUGCAAGUGUCUCGCGAGGGCGUGGUCGAGGACGGAAUCGUGAUGGGGGAGGAGGGGAGUUUGAGAUGAUGCCGAUUAAGGAGUCGGAUGAAUCAAGUACAUGA